AAGUUAAGUCGUUAACCCUAGUGAUCCUAUUGUCUUCUUCGAGUAUAAAGCAAUAAUAAUGGAAAUGGAUUGGAAAGAAAUAAUAAGUUAUUCUCAAAAAGAAUUGAAACAAGCAGAAAAAGAUAAACUUUGCGAAAGUUUGUCCUGGAUGGAAGCUGAUGAUAUUGAACUAAACUUUAGUGACUUAAAAACUUUAUUUCGUCUCUCUCAAGAUAUUCUAAAAUAUAAAACCGAACAAGUAAAUUCUCCUGCCAUGAGUUCCGCAAGCAUGUUUGAAACAAUUGCUCAUCAAGAGGAAGUUAUAAGGGCAAAUAAGGAGGUCCUCGAACAACUUUAUGCAGAGAUUGCUGAAUUGGAAGGGCGGAAAAUUAAAUAUAGUGAAAAAACUCUUGUACAACAAGAUAGUGAUUCGAGUCGAAAUACGUUAUCUGAAAUUAACGAGAUCGCGCAGUUAGAAAAUGAAAUAUCUAAAAGAAAUAGACACAUAAGAAAAUUACUCGCCGACGUUAAAAUUUUGGAAGAAGAAAAUACUUCUUUAAAAGAUAAAUUACCAGUUUUCAAAGAAAAGUUAAGAGAAGCAACACAUCUUAUCGAAAAUCUAACCCAACAGUUAUUUACUCUAAGUAACAAUGUUACAAGUCUAAAAGAACAUCUCGGUAGAACUGAACAAGAAAAGGCUAAUUUAUAUAUUGAAGUGGAAAACUUGAAAAAAGAUGUAAAUGACAAAUAUUUAAAAUAUGAAAAAGUAGAGGUGGAUGCUAAAAGUAAAUUACAACAGUUAAAGAAUUUAUUGAAAUCAAAAACAGAAGAAAUCGUACGUUUGUCAAAUGAAAAUUCACAAUUGAAAGAAGACCUUACAUUAACAUAUAAUAAAAUAAAUUCUCCAAACAAACCUUCUCAAGAAGAAUUAAAAAUAAAAGAAUUACAAGAAAAACUAGCAGAAGCCUCGGACGAAAUAAUAAAGUCUGCAGACAUAAUAAAAGUAUUGUCAAAUGAAAAUAAGCAAUUAAAAUCAGUAAUUGAUGAUAUAGCUGAUAAUUCUCUAACUGACCAAAAAAAUGAAAGUGAUGAUGGAAAAGAAAAGAAUAUGAUUAUUAAACUUAAGAAAAAAGUAAAAAAUUUAAAUGACGCUCUUAAAUGUUCGGAAGAUAUGAUAGCUGUAAGAGAAAGAGAGCUUACCGAAACUGCUAAGCAACUACAACUGCUUAAAUCAGACGACGGUAUAAAUACGUUGAUAGAAGGAAUUAAGAAAAAAAAGAGAGAUUUAAAAAUAAGAGAUGAAGGUAUAAAAAAUCUUGUGCACGAAGUAAAUAAUUUAAACCAGCUUGUAAGUGAUCUUCAACUUGAAAAUGAAACAAUGAGAGAAAAACUGCAAAUAUCAUUUAAUAAGAAGAUUGACUCUCAUGGGAUUUUAAAAAAAAUUAAUGACAUCAAAAGUAAUAAUACAGAACUCGGAAAAAAAGUAAAAAAAUACGAGAAUAAGCUUAUUUCCCUCGAGAUAGAUAACCACGACAAGGAUACAAUAAUUUCGAAUUUAAAAGCAAUGAUGAAUAUGGCUGACGUUGAUAAAAAUAUAAAUAUUGGUGGUCUUGAUAAUGAUGGAACAGAAAAUGGAUGUCCAGACAAUAUUUCAGUAGGUGAAAAUAGUUCAAAAAUAUCAGAUAUGCAAGCCAUUAUUGAAGAAAAUGAAGGACUUAGAAACGGGCUAACUGAAAUUCUGAAUUUGUUAAAAGAUAAUAGCAAUACAAGUUCUGGUAGUGUCUUAGCGAUAGAAUGUCCAAGUUUAGAAGCUAUUUUAAAUUCAUUGCUGGCACGGAAAGCAGCGGGUUGGUUUUCACCACAUAUGAAAACGGUAAUGGAAUUAAAAGCGGCAGUAGGUAGCAAAGAUGCCUUAAUGUCUGCACUAAAUGAAUCAAGGAAGGAAACUUUUAACGUAAUGGCAAAAUUGAAUACAGAGGAACAAAGGUCAUCGAAAUUAGAAAAAACAUUACAAGAAAUUAAGAACAAUUUAAAAGAAGAUAAUGAAGACAAUGUUUCGAGUACAACGGAUAUCAGUAUUGGAGAAUUUGGAUCUUGGAUGAUACACACUAAUUACGACAAUAUCGAUUUAAAGAACGAAAAUGAUAUUCGAAGUAUAGUUUCUAAGGGAAACAUGUGGUUUGAAAACCAGUUCAAAGAAGUUAUUCAAUAUUUCCAUAGUAAAUUUGCAACACUUUUUGAUAAGCUUACAGCUUUGACGAUAAGUACAGCUGAUGAUCGCAAUAAAUGGAGCCUUCAAGAAGAAAAUUAUAAAGCAGAAAUAGAAAAUUUAAAAUCCCAAAUAGAUGAAAACGACGAAAGUAGUAGUAGUACACAUUCUCCUGGAUUAAUAAACAUGACAAAAUCAAACUUUGUAGACAGAAAGUACAUUUUUUUAGAGGAAUCUUAUAAACAAAUAAGAACACUAAAUGAAAAUAUAAAAAAUGAAUACUUAGAAAUUAAAAAAGAAAAAUUGAAUGAAGCUUAUGAAUAUGAAAGAAAGAUUCAAAAUUUAAUACAAUCUAUUAUAAAUUUAAGUGACAAGUUACGCAAUUCAGUUCCAUUUGAAUUAUUUUUUAAACAAAAUAAUAUGUUAAAUGAUUUUAUUCUAAAAUAUAGAAAUGCUAGGGAAACAAAUAUAAAUAAAUACAUUCUAUCAGAUGAUUUACUUAAACGGUUAGAAAAAGACAAAUAUGAAAUAUUAGAAAAUCUUCCCAAAUCAGUACAAUUUACCAAAACUGAUGAAAAUAAAAACAUAGAAGAAAUUAUAUCAAAUAUAGACAAUUCCGUCCUUCAAAAACAGUUGAAACAAACGGCUAACGAAUUACAAAUCAAAAAUAAUGAAAUAGAAAAGUUAGAGAAGACAAUAUUGGAUUUACAAAAUUCACAAUCAGAAAUACUAGAUAAGUCCUUAAAUUCUGAACCAGGUGAAUACGUAAAUUAUCUUAAGGAACGAAUGGAAACAUUAAAUGAGCAAAACAAAAUACUAAAAGAACAAUAUCAGCAAACUGGAAAUAAACUAGAUAAUGUGCUGUUGGAGCUACAAGCAUAUAAAAAUAAAGAACUAAGCAACCAUAAAGAAAUAAAUAUGUUAAGGCAUCAAAUUCUAGAUCUACAGUCUGAUGGAGAUGUUAAAGCUUCAAUGGCGAGAAUAAGCGGUGAAGUUUUAUUAGCACAAAUGCAAAGUUCGGAAAAUCAAAACAAAAUUGAAUCUCUUAAGCUUGCUUUAAAUCGAGAAAAAGAACUUAGAGCUGAAACCGAAGAAUUGUUAAUGAGCCGUCAAAAGGUGUUUGAUAUUUAUAUCCUUCGAUACGAUACAAAUUUAAGGAAGUUGAAUGAAGUCAUUGAUGUAUUAAGACAACAAUAUCAAGGAAGCUUACCGCUCAUUUCUGUUGAAAACUUUAUAAAUAAAGCAGAAGACAUUCAACGUAAAUCCGUUGACAUUGAUAAUAAACUUAACGAAAUAGAAGAUUUGCAAUCAACUUUAAUGACAAAACAUAGUGUUUAUAAUCAAAUAUUAGAGAUGACCGCUGUCAAAUGCUCAGAUGACGAGGACAUUUGCCCGCAUAAAAUCAAAAAUAUUAUUACAGAAGAAACCCAAAAACUUGAAAUAGAACAUUACAAAAGAAAAAUUAUGUCAUUAGAACAAUCACACGAAGAACUUUUAAAGCGAUGUUGCCUUCUAGACAAAACAUUGAUUUUGCUCAAUCAAGGAUUUAAACUAAACGACCUUUCAACUCAAAAUGGAACUCAUAAAAAACAAAAGGAGCAUAUAAGUUUAGAAGUUGAAGAUAUUCAAUCGGACGAUGACAUGAGUAGCAGAAGAAGUCGUACACAAACCUUAUCGCACCCUAAAAUGGAUGUAAACAUUAUCAACGAAAGUAAAAGUCACACAGAAGAAACAGUUCAUAAAACAUAUCCACAAAAUCUACCACAGAUCAAUGUUAAAAUAAACCAACAAACACAAACUUUUUGGAAUGAAAAGAAAUUAGAUGUUAAGCUAAUACAAACGGAACUUGAUAAAAACCAAGUUGAAUUAAAUUCACUGGUAGACAAUCUUUUAUCGGAGAAAAAGCAAAAAGAAAGGAUCAUUGAAGAAACUAAUGCAAUAGCUAAACAGAGAGUACAGGAAAUAUUGCGUCUUAAUAAAGAAAAACAUGAAAUAAGUACAAUGCUUAAAAAUGUAACUGACUUAUGUAAUCAAAAAGACGAAUCAAUUAAAAAGUUAGAAUUGAUCCACGAAUCACUGAAACAAGAAAUCAGUGAUCUACAAUCAAAUCGAGUCAAGGAAAUAAACAAACUAAAUGAAGCAGUGAGUGAAGAAAAGCAGACUCUUUUAAUAGAAAUUAAGAAAAUAGAAAAUGAUAAAAACGAAAUAAUAAGUGAAUACAUACAGUUAUUGAGCAAGGAAAGAGAGGACUAUACAAACUCUUUGAAAAGCUUACAAAAUAAACUAAAAGAUUUGCAAAUUAAAUUGGAUACGAGAAAAACUGAAGCAAUCACGUCCCAAGAUGACGUUAGUAAAGAGUCAAGCAUUAAGUUUACGUUAAAAAUUUGCAAUUUAGAAGAAAAAUGUUUUAACCUACAGAGUGAAUUAGAUGGAUACAAAGCAGAUUUCGAUAACCAGCAAGGAGAAUUAGAACGGUGGAAGAGUUUAGCAUCCGAGAGACUUAAUAAAAUGGAACAACUUAGUACACAAUUAAAGGAAAGGCAUACACAAGAAGUAGAAUCGUAUAAAACAGAAAAUCAACAUUGGCUUACACAGUUAAAGGAGACGCAACGCGAACACAUAGAAUUAAGAGCCCGAUUAACUGAACAAAGAACUUUGCACCUAAAGCAGUUGUCGGAAAAAGACAAUCACAUUGAACAGCUCCGUUCAGUUGUAAACAAUCUUAAGACGCAAAUUCUAAAUAUGCAAACUAUGCUCACCAUUAAUGAUCCUAGCUUCGAUCUCUCUGCAAUCGUAGAGGUUGAUGAAGUUAGCGAUGGAGUAUCACAACAAGGAUCGGAUAGACUAGAAUUAAAAUUUGAUUCAACGGUUGACUUUAAUGAAGCACAAGAAGAUUUUGCAAAAUUACCUUGUAGUUCUACUGCGAUAUGGCAAGAGCCAUUGAUAGAACGUUUGCGAAGAGAGAAGCAGUUAAUGGCCAAACAGAAUACAAUAUUACGUAGACAGGUCAAAGUUCUAGCAGCAAGAGAACGGAGGUCCCGAUUGGAUGCACAGAAUCUGAAAAAUCAAGUAUUCCGCAUCAGCACCACCGGUAACAAAGUCCCAUCAGCGGAGUCAGCGGCGCUACAAAGUAAGAUCGCGUCGCUGCAGACGCAACUCACAAGCGCGCGUCGCGACGCAAAUUCGAACGUCGCGCUCUGGGAUAAGUGGAAAAGAACGCAACAAGCAUCAGAGCGGUGGCAAGCACGUUACGAAGAAAAAUGUCAAGAGGUUAAGAAAAUAGAAACGAGUUUGAAUAUGAAUAAAUCAGCCGUAAACAGAUUAGAAAAAGAAAAGCGUAUUCUUCUGUCCAGACUUGGAGAAGAUAGACAAGAAAAACAUUUAGCAAUAGAAAAACAAGAUGCCGAAGAGUCAGAGAAAGUCUCGUCUAGGAGCGAGCAAUGCCAAAGUCCUCCAGCUUUAUCUACACGGGCGAUGCUUGGCAGGAUCGAGGCACAGCAACGGAGGAUCGCCGCGCUUGAACUCGCUGAAAGGGGCAAUGAAACCUUAGUCUCAGAAUACGAAAAGUCUCUGGCACAAAUAACAUCACUCAAAGGGCAAGUGUUAAAACUCGAAUCCACACUUCUUGAGGCUGAAAUUCGUUCUCCGUUUAAAUCUACGAUUGAUAGCCAGCCAAGCCAAGAGUUACAAUAUUGGAGGAAUUACUGCGAUAUGUUGAAAGAAGAAAAUAUGCAAUUGACACUAAGAGUGAACUCUAUGGAUGUUACUCCUACUUCGGCUCAUCAGCAUCGCAUCAAUGACUUGGAACAGACUGUCCUUACUCUGAGAGGGCUUGUAAGUAAAUUGCAAGCGGACCAAAAGUCUUCAUCUACGAGUAUUCAAAAGCGAGUUGACUCUCGACCUGGUAGUGGACGAAGCGGAACUGAUAAGGUUCGAAGUCAGAUAGAAACAUAUCGUAUCGAAAUAUCCAAUCUCAAAAGAAGCAUCUCAGAAAAAGACGCACUUUUGGAGAAAUCAAAGGACAUGUUGAAAGUCACCGCUGAAAGAGAAGACCAAUUAUUGAGAGAGAAUAUGAUGAUUCGCCGUCGUUUAGACCAACUAAGGGAAGGUAAAGGAGGUUUCAUGUCAGCAUAAAAUUGGAGAUAAGGGAAAAUGAAACACAAAUCUAAAUUUUUAACAAUGUAAUCGUAAAAAAUUAGCCAUUUUCGUCAUAAAUAAACCUAACCAAAAAGCACAAAUUUCGUCUUAUUACUUUAGUAACAAAAUGUAAGCACAGAAUUCAUAAGUACAAUAAAAUGAUAUGAGGCCU